AUGUAUAGCGGAACACCGAUCAAUGCUCUACGAGCUAAGAUAUAUCACAGUGUCUCAUCGAGUUCUGAGAUGCAAAGUGAUUUAGCCGAGCAUCAACGUCAUAGAGAUUUUGAAGCAAUGGACAGCGACGAGUACAAGUGUGCCUCUGCUGCAGUUGAUAAUGUAAGCAAAAUCUUGAAGAACAACCGAAAAUCAUCUAUUACUCGACUGCUGAAUGAUACUGCUAAGGGUUUGAAGCAUGUUUAUCAGCUCUCACACCCGACACAAGAAGAUCUCACUUACGAUCUCUUCAAAUGUUCCAAAAAACCCAACGAAGCUUCUUUGGGAAAAUUACUUUCUGUAUUGCGAUCAUUUGGGAUCCGUGAAGACGAUCCACGGCUGAAACAUACGGUUGAAAAAAUGCGCGAAUAUGAACUACAAAUCGAGGAUGAUUGUGAUACCAGACAUUGCUUGUUAAACAAAGAACAGUUUAAAGAAUGUAUUCGCCCCAGCAUCAAUUUAAUCGCCCAGGCACUUCGCAACGAUUUAAUUAUUCCAUGUUGGGGCGAAUUUACUGCCAAGAUUAAAGAAAUUUUUGAUGAAUGCGCGAAUAUUCAUGAAGGCAAAGUAGCAGAUUAUAUUCCUCAGUUGGCCAGAGUGGAUCCUAAAAAAUGGGGUCUUUCAAUAUGCACAAUUGAUGGACAGCGUAUUAGUUACGGUGACGCACGUGUGCCGUUCUGUUUUCAGUCCAUAUCAAAAGCUUUCAAUUAUGCAAUAGUAGCAUCUGAUUUGGGAGCAGAUUUUGUCCAUAACUAUGUCGGCCAUGAACCAUCCGGGCGAUUAUUUAAUGAAAUAUGUCUGGAUUGUAACGGUAAACCACAUAACCCUCUUAUAAAUGCUGGAGCAAUUAUUGUCACGUCACUACUGAAAAUGGGACAUAAAAUGGCAGAUCGUUAUGAUUUUGUAUUAACACAAUAUAGAAAACUGGCAGGAGGUGGUUACAUAGGAUUUAAUAAUGCAACCUUCCUUUCGGAACGCGAUACUGCAGAUCGUAAUUAUGCGCUUUCUUACUACAUGAAAGAAAAUAAUUGCUUUCCUGGUUCAAUAUCGCUUCGGGAUGAGCUGGACUUCUAUUUUCAGUUGUGUUCAUUGGAAACAACGUGUGAAAGUGCUGCGGUAAUGGCAGCAACUUUGGCUAAUGGAGGUGUUUGCCCACUUACCAACGAAACAUGUGUUAGUGCUCGACCAUGUCGCGAUAUUCUUUCAUUGAUGUAUUCAUGUGGAAUGUACGACUACAGUGGCCAAUUUGCAUUUCAGGUUGGCUUACCUGCAAAAUCUGGCGUCUCUGGAGCAAUGAUUGUUGUGGUACCAAAUUUGAUGGGAAUUUGUAUCUGGUCGCCGCCUUUGGAUAAAAUGAGCAACAGCGUGCGUGGUGUAAGCUUCUGUACGAAAAUGAUCGAAACUUUCAACUUCCACAACUAUGACAGUUUACUGCAUGCAGAUACCAAGAAAAUAGAUCCCCGAAAGCGUAACAUUCCAAAUGAAUCCGAAUUGAUUCUCGAAAUGAUGUUUGCGACCAAGAAAGGCGACAUUGAUAGCGUUCGAAGAAUGUUUUUGGGUGGUAUUGAUUUGAAUAUGCCAGACUAUGAUGGUCGGACGCCAUUGCAUUUAGCUGCUUCAGAAGGACAAUCGUUAAUGGUGGAUUUCUUUCUCGACAUCGCUCAUGUUGAUCCACUUGUGAGGGAUAGGUGGAAUAGGACAGCUUAUGAUGAUGCUUUGUCGUUUGGAUUUACCAAAAUUGCGGAAAAAAUCAAAUCAGCUGUGGAUAAAAUAUCUGGUGGAUUCGUACCGAUAACAAUUCCUCCGGAAAAAGCGCAACAACUGCUGCCUGAAAAUGGUGAUGUUUUAAUUGAUUUGCCAGAAGAUGAAUGGGAAAAAGAAUUGCGAAUUGUGGUUGAUCGAUUGUCUUACUUUGAUCGUUCGAAUGCUGGUGAAGAUUGUGUGAUCAGUCGCAGCAUUGAAAAUGACGAUGGAACAUGCGAUAUUUUGGAAAAAUCGUGUGAAGGGAAUGGUGGUCCUAGUGCUUUGGAUGCUGAAAGCUUCGCGGACGAGAAUGGCGGUCAAAUCGACGUUAGCAUAAAACUUUCAGGCUGA